UUGACAUUCACUGCAAUUGUUCAUCAUUUCAAGUUGUGAAGGAUUUUCUCUGGAUAUCAUCAUGAAGAUUUCAAUGAUUGCCACUGUGGCUUUGCUAUCUCUCGUGGCCCUGGCCUCUUCUGCUCCUCUUCGCUCUUAUUAUCAGGAGAAAGAUGCUCAGCAACAACACGACUAUAAAUAUUACGAUCAGCUGAAGGAUGCCCUGGAGCAAAGCAAUGUUGAGGAGGCUCGUCAGCAACGCGGUAACUACAACUACAAGACACAGAUGCAGCAGGACGGUGGCCCAAGCAACUAUUACUAUAAGACACAGAUGCAGCAGGACGGUGGCCCAAGCAACUAUUACUAUAAGACACAGAUGCAGCAGGACGGUGGCCCAAGCAACUAUUACUAUAAGACACAGAUGCAGCAGGACGGUGGCCCAAGCAACUAUUACACUGUUAAAAAUGUGGUGCUAUUGUAACACCCAAAAGUGGGGUAAAACCAUUGUACCAAAUAUGGCACUCAUAUAUGGAGUUAUUACAGCACCAGAUUUUAGUGUUAUUAAAACACUCAUUUUGGAGUUGUAACAGCAUGAAAAUGUGCUGUACUUGCACUUUCUUGGAGUUACUGCAACUCCAAACUGUGUGUAACUUUUACAACUACACCUACAAUGGUGUUAUUAAAGCACUGGGGAUGGGUGCUGCUGUUACUAUGUUACUACAGGUACAGUUGUCAUUGCUAUACUCUUCAUGCAAAGCAUAAAAUAUUGCAUGCAUGCUUAUUGCACUUCUCGAUAAGCUCAUGCACUUGACUUAAAUGACGUAACAUAAUUAUAGCAUGUGUAUAAUGAUAUGCAUCACGAUAGCAUAUACAAUAAAAGUAUGAAGAUAUGUAUACCUAUAU